UAAGAAAACAUGCUUGUCUUGGACUUAAGAGGCCAAUAAGGAAGAAAAAGUCUCCCUUGAGAGUAUAUAAUGAAGUAUUUUCAUUACAGGUUCCAAUUCAAUCUAUCGGUGCAAUAGAAUAAACCUCAACUACAUAACUUAAUUUGACCCUAAGUUUGAUGGUGUCUUGCAGCAAAGUUGCAGAGUCAAAUGCUAAUAUUCUCUAGCAAAACUCGAUUUUAACUCCAGCAGUGAAAUUUCUCUAUAUUUAUAACCCUGGAAAAGUGAAUUCAGAGUUAAAAACCCCAACACAGAUGAAAUUAGGCACUGUAAACAAACGUGGCUGCUUUUGAACAAAGAGCACAAACAGAUAAAUAGUUUUAGUACAAAAUUUAAAUUAAACAGGUGUAGACUAAAUAUAUUUAACAUUCAAGUAAUAAGAAAAUGGCUUUAAAAGAAGACAAAAGAGAAUACAAGUAUGUCAUUGUAAAUAAAAUUGUAACAUAAAAAUAUUGAGUAGUGAAUAAAAUGUGUCAUACUGAUUUAUUUUCUUUUGUAUGAGAAAGGGUCUUCCAUAAUCUGGGUUGGCUUCUAAUUGCCUAUGUUGCCAAAGCUCACACUCCUAAUCCUCCUGUCUCAAUUCUCCCACUUAGGGGAUUACAGGUGUGUGGUGUUAUAAUCCACCAGAUAGUCUAAGAAGGGAUCAUUUUCCCCAAAACACAGAAGCAUUUAGUGUACGAAUUUUUAUGAAAGGCAUUUUUAAGAUAGAAACGGGGCGGUGAUACACUUGUUAUACCACCAGUGAACAUUUGCUAGGGUUAUUAAAAAAGCCUGCCCAGAACUAUAAACAUUAACCCAGCUACUUACCCAACAUAAAUUUAAAUCAUUGUUAGUAUAUGCCAGCAAUGCAUUAAAUCACUAUAAUUUAUGGUUGGUUGUUAUUUAUUCAUCUAUUUAUUUACUUUAUUGCGGAUGCAUUUGAACAGUUGUUUUACAAUGAACACAAGAUACACCGCAAAACAUAACUGGCUACUGAAUACUAUUUUGGGUGUCUUUUAAUUUGGGAAAUGCACAUUCGCUCCAGUCUCACUAUAAAUUAUCUUAACGUUGCAGGGACACCAAUCACUUGUCCCAUUUAUUUAUCAGGAGUGAAUAAUGAAGAUAAAUUCCAGCAGCGAGUUCUGUUCUAAACAACCUGAAUUUUCCGAACUUAGCCGAUUAUUCUAGCGUUUGGAAUCUUUGCUAUUUGCCUAGCACAGCCAGAAAUCCAUGACUCACAAACGGCGGGCUUAGAAUCACCGCCCAGAACAGGUGAAAAGUUGUUCCUAGUUGUGUCAGGCAGGCGCAUACAACUCCCGUCAUCCCCCAUGUAAGAAAUCAACAAAUAAACAGAGGCACCGCAUUUCGGAUUCUGGCGUGCCCGUUUCGCGCAGGCGUGUGGUUUCUGUAGUUGCCACUCCAAGAGACACCCUCACUAAUGGCCACGCUCGGGGAAAAAGAAGACUACAUUUCCCAGAAUACCGCGGAGAUCCGCACCGGCCGGUUGACGUCAUCGCUGCAGACAGCCAAUAGCAACGGCGGGCGGCAGUGAGGCAAGCGCCGUCAGGCGCCAAAGUGGAGCCUUUUUUUUUUUCCUUUGCUUUUUUUUUUUUUUUUUUCCUUUGCCGGAGUCGAGCGGGUGCUGCUAGCGGAGGCGCCAUAUUGGAAGGGACAAAACUCCGGCGACAGCGAGUGACACAAAUAAACCCCUGGACCCGUUCGUCCCCGCAACAGUCAGGGCCGCGAUGUUGUACCUAGAGGACUAUUUGGAAAUGAUUGAGCAGCUUCCGAUGGACCUACGGGACCGCUUCACGGAGAUGCGCGAGAUGGAUCUGCAGGUGCAGAGUAAGUGGCGCGUCUCCACGGCCCCGCGCAGCCCCGGCCUCCCUCGGGCAUCGCCUGGCGGGUCCUCCGCGCUACUUUUUUCAGGCUGUGACAAGGAGGCGGCGGGCACACCGUACCGUUAACACGCGGGGCACAGCAAACACAGUUGUUUGUGUACUGCAUGGAGAUGACGACACUGCACCGCAGUGGAAACUCGCGUGAUUUUCAGAAGAUGCAAUGGAUCAACUAGAACAAAGAGUCAGUGAGUUCUUUAUGAAUGCAAAGAAGAAUAAACCCGAGUGGCGAGAAGAACAGAUGGCAUCCAUCAAAAAAGACUACUAUAAAGCUUUGGAAGAUGCAGAUGAGAAAGUACAGUUGGCAAACCAGAUUUAUGAUUUGGUAGAUCGCCACUUGAGAAAGCUGGAUCAGGAACUGGCCAAGUUUAAAAUGGAGCUGGAAGCCGAUAAUGCUGGAAUUACAGAAAUACUAGAGAGGCGAUCUUUGGAAUUAGAUGCUCCUUCGCAGCCAGUGAACAAUCACCACGCUCAUUCACAUACUCCCGUGGAAAAAAGGAAAUAUAAUCCAACUUCUCACCAUGCAGCAGCAGACCAUAUCCCUGAGAAGAAAUUCAAAUCUGAAGCGCUGCUGUCCACCCUUACAUCUGACGCUUCCAAGGAGAACACGCUGGGUUGUCGGAACAAUAAUUCCACAGCUUCCUGCAACAAUGCUUACAAUGUGAACUCGUCCCAGCCCCUGGCCUCCUAUAACAUUGGUUCAUUAUCUUCAGGGGCUGGCGCAGGGGCCAUCACCAUGGCGGCAGCACAGGCCGUGCAAGCGACAGCACAGAUGAAAGAAGGGCGAAGAACAUCGAGUUUAAAAGCCAGUUACGAAGCAUUUAAGAACAAUGACUUCCAGCUGGGAAAAGAAUUUUCCAUACCCAGAGAAACAGCUGGCUACUCCUCCUCAUCGGCACUCAUGACAACCUUAACCCAGAAUGCCAGUUCCUCCGCCACGGACUCGCGGAGUGGCAGGAAGAGCAAAAACAACACCAAGUCUUCAAGCCAGCAGUCGUCGUCCUCCUCCUCCUCGUCGUCCUCUUCCUCCUUAUCUCUGUGUUCAUCGUCUUCAACUGUAGUACAAGAAGUUUCCCAGCAAGCAACUGUAGUGCCCGAAUCUGACUCCAACAGUCAAGUCGAUUGGACUUACGACCCAAAUGAACCUCGGUAUUGCAUCUGUAAUCAGGUAUCCUAUGGAGAGAUGGUGGGAUGUGAUAACCAAGAUUGUCCAAUAGAGUGGUUCCACUAUGGGUGUGUUGGCUUGACCGAAGCGCCGAAGGGGAAGUGGUUCUGUCCGCAGUGCACCGCUGCCAUGAAGAGAAGAGGCAGUCGGCACAAAUAGAGAGGGACUCUAUUGUCACUGCAGGAAGGAGGAACUCCAGCUCGCCAUUUUAUACAGGACGCUAGGAGGAAAGACACGAGGACGAAGAAGCAGCUCAUCUCCAGGCCACCACUUAGAGGAUUACAGAGACAAUCCUAUAAGAUCUUGAACUUGAAUUUUAUGAGUUGUAUUUUAAUAAUGUAAGUAAAUUAUUUAUGCACUCCUGGUGUGCUAUGAAUAUUAUUCCAGUUAGCCUUGGAUUAUUUCUGUGGCCAACAUAUGCAGACAUUUGUACUCCAACCAUUUUCUCAAAGUAAUGGGCAUUCUAUAAUUUAAACUUCAAAGAAUUCCAACGAUGAAGAUUUUAAGAAAGUAUUUUAUAUUCAACAGGUAUAUUCAGCUGCAUGUACUGUACUCCAGAGCUGUUAUGUUACACUGUAUAUAAAUGGUUGCAAAAAACAAAAACAAAAAACAAAAUACAAACAAAAAAAGUCAGUCCUUCUAAAAAGGAUUUAAGAUAAUGGUUUUUAAGAUGCCUUUAUAAUAAGCUUUGUUUCUUUGUGAAACUCAUUCAGCAGGCUGAAGGAAUUGGUUUAUGUGGUAAAGUGGGCUGGUGUCCUCUAGAGUACCUGGGUACAUAAACAGAAACUCCUGUAGGUAAAACCUGAUCCGUGCCAUUAGUCUCUAUGUUUCUGCAUCCAGAUAGAGUGCAGCUCACGCUCAAGGGGGUGGGGGCGGGGGCUCCGGGGGAAAGGGCGUUAAAGUGAUACAUUUUUAUACCAAAUGUGUUUAUUUUUUUGUGCGAGUAAUCCUUAAAUUGGAAUUGUAUUAGGUGUUAAAAUAAAGUUUUUUAAAAAAUAACUUGUAUUUAUACUUUACACACUUAAUUAUGAAAAUUUCUUAAUUGCAAUUUAUUCCUAAUUUUCAUAAUCCAAAAAAGAUUAGAGGUUAGCAUGCAGAAUGCUAUGUAAUCUAUGAUUUCUAUAAUGAUGGCUGGAAAUUGUGUUAUGAGGAUAAGGAAAGAACAUUUUAAAUGUAAAUUUGAAGUGUCAAAUGUAUUUUUCUAGAAUAUUUCUCUGGCUUUGCUUUGAAUCUAAGGGAUAUAAAAAGAACCUAAUUACAGUAGAUACAAUGAAAAUAAUGGCUAUAGAUGUUUGGACUGGAAGCAGUGUGGCCAAUAUGACUUAAAGAGACCUUAAAAUAUAAUUUUGUUUUUAAUUCUCUGA